AUGCCAGGCCCUGCCGUACUUGUCAGUGGUGAAGAUGGCCGUACCAUCUGGGCCACGGCGCUGGUGUUGGCCUUCCUCAAAGUGCAGGCAGCUCGGCGCUCCACCGAAUGGCUUCUCUUCGCGAAGAAGGGACGGUCCUGGCUGGUCAAGCAUCUGCCCGCCACAGGAGGCGGAGAUAGUUCCCUUGACGGUCUUCUCUCCCUGGCUAAAACCACUCUCACGUCCCUCCUACCACAUCCCUAA